GCUGUGCUCUUUAAAAACAUGUCGACUCUGUUAGAAAACUGAAACUGCUGCAAAGGUUGAGUUUUAUGGAUUGUGGCUCUGGAAAAUAAAUGCGAAUAUGAAAUCUUCACUGGACUCCGACGAAGAGGAAGAGAUAGGAACAUAUCAGAAGAAAUUAAGAGAGAGGGCCAAUCGCAGUAUUCAGCAGCUAAGCAACAUGCUGGUGAACCAGAGCUCUGAUGCUGAUGCGCUGGAGCAAUCAAGCAGUCAGCACAGCCCGCCAGAGAGCUCGAGACAACAAACACAACAGAGCGAAGCAGUCAGUCAGCUGCGUUCACUGCUUCAGAAACAACCGAAAGAAGUCAACUCUCCUUCACCUUCAAAAAGGAAACUUGUUUCAAAGGCAGAUGAAGAUGAUGGAAGAGUCCCUCCAGUCCAGGAUCUGGUUCCCAUCAUUCACAACCAGUCUGAGUACAUCCAGCACCUUGAGGCUGAGGUCAAGUUCUGCAAGGAAGAACUAGUUACACUGAAGCAGCGUGUCAGAGUAAUGGUUGUAGAGAAUGAAAAACUGCAUGAGGAGCUCAAGGCAAAGAUGGUAGAAGACACUCUGAAGGAAUACACUAUCCUGGAUGGCACGGUAAAUGCUGAAACAUCAUCAACACCAGCAGCAAAACCAAAACAGGAUUUCAUUCAAAAAACAGAAGACAAGAAAUGGGAAAAAGAGCUGGAGCAGUUAAAAUGUUUGUACCAAGCACAGACUGAAACACUAGAAGCUCAGGUAGUUUCACUGAAGAAGGAAUUGGUGAGUUUGCAGACAGAAUGUGAGGACCUGAAGGAGCGUUUGAGGCAUAAGGACGCGAUGGCAAGCGUAUCAGGGGCUGGUCAGCGUGUCGGAGGUUUGUGUCUGAAAUGCGCCCAGCAUGAGGCUGUACUGGCCGAAACACACUCCAACAUUCACGUCCAGGCCAUUGAGCGACUCACCAAAGAGCGAGACGAGCUGAUGACGGCACUGUGCUCUCUGAGGGCAAGUCAGAGCGAGGCACAGCAGAGGGAGUGGGCUGCCUAUCAUCAGGUCAAACAGGCUGUGGAGAUGGCAGAGGAGGCUAACCUGGAGAAGACCAAGGCACUGGUACAGUCUGAGCAUGUCCUCGCUGAGCUGGCUAGGCAGAGGGAGAGACUGGAGAAGGAGCUUGCUUUAGAGCAGGAGAAGAUUGCACAGGCGAGGGAUGCAGCCCGCUCUGAGAGUAAGAGAGAGAAAGAGGAGCUCACCCACAUGGUGACCUCUCUGACAUGCAGAGUGGCCGAGCUGGAGGGACUUUUGGAUCGAGGAGACAGACAGAGGAACUCCCUCAACACUCAGCUAGAGGAGGCUUUUAAGAAGCUCACCGCUCAGGAGACUGACAACAGCAGGGUGUGUGGGGAGCUGCGCUACCAGUUGAGCCAGGCCCAGCUUAAGAAAGAAGAGGCUGAAAGGGAAUUACGAGACUCCCGCUCUAAACUGGGACAGCAGCUCGAGUUAGCACAACAGGAAGUGCAGAAGCUGGGUGCAGAGCUGAGUGGCAGCCAGCAGCGUUUGGAGGAGGCCCAGAGGGCAGAGGGCCGAGCUCGGACGGAGGCAGCCGGCCUGGCAGAGGGGCUGAACCGCGCCCAGCGCCAACUGCACCUCACCAGGAAGGAGAAGGAGGCACUGGAGCACCGUUGUGUGGAGGACAUGGCUGCUCUGACCUUCCAGGCUCAACGGCGCGAGCAUGAGCUUUCGCAGACGCUCCAGCAAAUGGAAGCGCAGCACGAGAGGAAUGUUGCAGAAAUGGAUUCUUUGGUGAACUUGCAGAAUGGCCUCAUAGGGAAGCUGAAGGAAGAAUGUCGCACUCUUUGUUCAAAAAUGGAAGAGCUGGCCCAGUCUAACAGGGCUGAGGUAGAACAGCUUUCUUUAGAGAAGGAGCACCUGCAGGAGAGCGUGGAGAAGCUUCGAGGUCGUUGUCAUGAGCUGGAGGAACAGUGUGUACAGCAUGGGAGAAUGCACCAGCGCAUGAAACACAGAUUGCAGCAGCUGGACCAGCACUGUCAGUCGAGCGCUCAGCAGGUGAUGGAGCUGCUCAACAGACAGAACCAACUCGUACACGAGAGGCAACUUCUCACUGAAGAGAUGCACAACCUGCGUGUACACGUGAGGCCUCCACCCAGUGCCAACGCGAGAACACCCAGGUGAACAGCUGAGAUCUUGUGACAUGGGGGAAGGAGGCGGAGCUUCCAAGUGACGUCAAUUAUUGGGCUGUUUCACCAUCAUGGUUGUGAAUGAAAGUGCGUAUAGGUCCCAAAGUAAAACCUAGUUAGUGCUAAAAAAUGCAAUUCUGAAUAUAACCAGUAAAAUCUAAGUCCAUCCAUCCAUCAUCUGUAGCCACUUAUCUUGUGCAGGGUCGCAGGCAAGCUGGAGCCUAUCCCAGCUGACUAUUGGCGAGAGGCGGGGUACACCCUGGACAAGUCACCAGGUCAUCGCAGGGCUGACGCAGAGACAAACAACCAUUCACAUCUACGGUCAAUUUAGAGUCACCAGUUAGCCUAACUUGCAUGCCUUUGGACUGUGGGGGAAACCGGAGCACCCGGAGGAAACCCACGCGGACACGGGGAGAACAUGCAAACUCCGCACAGAAAGCCCCUCGCCGGCCACCGGGCUCGAACCCGGACCUUCUUGCUGUGAGGCGACAGUACUAACCACUACACCACUGUGCCACCCUAUUUUUCAACACGAAAAGAUAAACUUCAUACCUUCGCGCCACCAUGUAAAUGUUCUUUAGACACGUCCACAAAAAAAUACACAAGUUAAUCAAAAGAAUUUUAAUUCUGAACCUGUUCUCCAUUUUAACAACGCACAUCGAGUCAGAGGGAAAAAACACUGGGAGUGACAUCAUCAGAGUGAAAUAUCAGAAAUUAUUGUACAUACAGGACACUUUUUCCAUGGAAUAAAAAACAUGUAUUCUAUUCCCUUCUACUGGGGGUUUACUGAUGCUAUGCAAUAUUGUCAUCAUAUCGCUUAUCCGCCAAGUAUUAUGCCACUCUCCCCAAUGGAGAAUGAGCAUGCAAUAUUGUUAUAAUUUUGCAUGUUGUCAAGAAA